AUGUUGACAAGCCCCCCUCGGGGACCCUAUGCACGCAAACCUCUUCCGUUGGUGAAGUUCACGCACGAGACUCUGGACAACGCCACGCUAUACGACGCCACCCAGCAGCUCUCCCUGAACAAGCAGAUGGCGGACAAGCUGGGCCUCACACCCAGGACGGUCUCCAGCUCUCAGUGCAUGGUCACCCCGGGCAUCAGCGGCCUGUCAAACGGGGACACCCUGCAGGGGCUGUGGCAGAACGGGCUGCAGUGCGCUGUGGGGGACAACACAUGGGCGUACCUCAAGAACACAAACAACGUGCACCAAAUGCUCUACACGACACAGGCGACCAGUGGUUUCGCCAACUUCGCCAUCCUGCCGCGCUGGGCUGCAGAGAUCUACUUCAACUGCAGUACAGUGGCCCAGAACGUGGCGCUGUACCAUGGCAUCUACCCCUCCAUAACUGAUUACACGAUCGACGCCAUCCUGGCCAGAGAGUCCACCCGCGUGCUGUCCAACGUGCUGGCCCUCCGCAAGGACCCUUUGAGCCUGGUGAUGCGCUGGGUGGAGGCGGUCCUGCAUAAAGUCACCGCCUGCGUCACCUGGCCCGUCCGCUCCCUCAAGCUGGACGACCUCCAGCAACUGUUUAAGCUCAGGGAGCAGCGCGACAACUGCAACCUCUUAUACAGGCUGGCGGUGUCAACGGCCACCAAUAAGGUCACCGCGAUCACAGUCACCAGCCUGCCGGGCACGACGUCAGGGUGCAGCGCACCCCUGACGGUGGGCGCGGGGGCUACCAUUACGGGCGGCGUCGCCGACACGACGGACGCCGCCGCGCCGCUGUACCGUGUCGCGCUCGCCGCGGGAAGGACUGCCACCAGCCUGGAUUGGAAGCCAACCAGUGAUUCCAAGACCAUUAGUGUUUUGCUGGACACCUGCUAG